AAUUUGUACCAAGGCUAGGAUAUAUUUGCUUUCAACCAUACAUACAUGAUCAUCAUAUCAUCAUCAUCAUCCUUCAGAACUAAUAGCCCCCGUCUAUAAUAUAUACCCCCAAACCAAACUUGCUCACAGUCAACUCCUCGAAAUAUAACCAGAGCAAGCUUAGCUAGAAAAAAACCUCUCUUCUUCUCCCUCAUCUUAAACUUCCAGUACAGUCCUCUUCCUCCUCCAGCGCCACCUUGAUCAUGUCUUCGAAAGACUGCGGCCAGCACGGCCACAACAAGCGGCGAAAGAGAAUCCGCCACUGCUGCGCGGGGCUCCUGAUCUUCAACUUCAUCCUCCUCAUCACCAUCCUCAUCAUCUGGGCGAUCCUCCAGCCGUCCAAGCCCCGCUUCAUCCUCCAGGACGUCACCGUCUUCAACUUCAACAACACCGUCCCCAACGUCUUCUCCUCCAGCUUCCAGGUCACCAUCUCCUCCCGCAACCCCAACGACAAGCUCGGUAUCUACUACGACAGGCUCGACGUCUACGCCGUCUACCGCUCCCAGCAGAUCACCUUCUCAACCCUAAUCCCGCCAACCUACCAAGGCCACAAGGACGUCAACAUCUGGUCGCCCUUCGUCUACGGCACCAACGUCCCCAUCGCUCCCUACAACUCCCUCGCUCUCGCACAGGACCAGGCCUCCGGCAGCGUCCUUUUGUUGAUCAAGAUCGACGGCCGGGUGAGAUGGAAGAUUGGAACAUUCAUCACCGGAAAGUACCAUCUCUAUGUGAGAUGUCCGGCUUUCAUAACUUUGGGAGCCAAGACUACCGGAAUUGUGGUCGGAGAAAACGCUGUCAAGUACCAGCUGGUCCAGCGAUGCAAGGUAAGCAUAUGAUGAAGGAAAUGAAAGGGGGAGCAAUCCAUGAGGAUCGGACGGCGACAAUUGCCGUUGAGUAUUGCUCUGAAGCCGUUAGUCGUUCCUUCUCUGUUAUUUAAUUUCCAGUAAUUUUAAUUUUCUGUUGAUUAAUUUAGAGGCUUGAUCGAACUGUGUUGUGUAUUCGGAAUACAUAUACGUGGGAUCCUUUGAAAUUUGUACAUUUUGCUAUAGAAUAAAAUGGAGAUUAUGACGAAAGAUACAUGAGACGUAUAUAGCAAAAUAGUAGUCCGUGGUACUUAAUUAAGAGCUUAAGAUGUUGAGUAUAUUAUUCUUCAAUAAUCAUGCAUUUUUGGAUUCAUGUAUGGAAAAUUGGGUGUCUAGUGGAGGUUCGGGUGUCAUUUUCUUUCAUUUGUCAAAUCCCUAUUAAAUAAACUUUCUGCUGUUUCUUCGCUGGUUGUUCAAUCAUCUUUAAUUUCUAGUGUUUUCACUUGCUCAAUACCUCUUCUUUUAGGCUGGGCUUAAUAUUCUAAUCUCUCAAUCCAUUAG